AUGGCCAAAAUUCAUUUGGUAAAAAAAAUCUUAAAGUCACUUCUAUUAAUCCUUGGUGUCAUAACGUUUGUGUCUCAGGUAUGGUUGGAAGUCGAAGCGUAUCUCGAGUUUACUUCCUCAGUAAGCAUACAACACUCCAGAGAAGAUAUCAAGUUUCCAGCUAUGACAGCAUGCAGCUCAGAACGGUUCAAUUUUUCUCGUUUUUGUGACACGGUUCCUCAGGCCUGCUCAGGUAACUCCAGUGAAACAGAGUUGUGGGAUGAAUACGUUGAAAUAUUAGAAAGAAGUGCAGAUAAGCUAGAAGAUUAUGGAUUUCAAGAAGACGUAUUUUUUUUAGGAUUAUAUUCAAGUAUUAGUUUCAAAGCCAGCCCUUUUGAUAGCUACUAUGAUUCACGUUAUGGAAACUGCUUUAGUUUCAACAUAGACUGGGACUACAAUGCAGCUCCUCAUAUGAAAGAUAACAUAUUUGCAAUCUCAAUAAACUCUGUGUACAAUGUAAAGCGUAGUUUCUACCACAAGGAAAGUCCUCGGGUUGUAAUGAAGUACCUGCCAACAAACACAGCACCAUAUAUGAGUGAUGUGCAUUUCAUGGAUGCAGGAUUUACUUACACGUUUACAUUUUCACAGAAGGAAACUGUACGACUUCCAUCGCCAUAUUCUGACCAAUGCACUGAUUAUGAAUCCCUCGGGAGAGCAAACUUUAGAAAAGGAAUUUUGACCAAAGAGCUUUGUCUCACCGAAUGUCACGCCAAUAAGACCUUGGAACUUUGUGGCUGUAUGUACAAAGACUCCUACCCUUACGCUUAUGAAACUGGGAAACCGCUUUGCCAUUUGGUAAAUAACCAAUGCCGAGAACUUUUGACGACAGAGAAAAGAGUUGAAAUUCAGUCCAGCUGUAAAAAACUAUGCCGAAAACCUUGCAGGGAGAAGGAAUAUAAAUCUUUCAUCAGUCGAGAACCUAAUUUCUUCUUGCAUGUCACUAAUCCAAGUGAUUUAAUUAUAUACGCCAGGACCCUGAGCGACUACUAUAGAAAUCCACAAAACUACGUGAAAAUGCAAGGUCAAUACAAUGUAGCUGGUCAAAUGGUCACCCAACAUUUACCCCGCUAUCUGCUUUCAGAUCUAGUUUGCACUGUUGGAGGAGUGAUUUCAACGUGGACAUUAUUGCUUUUCAUAAGUCUUGGGGUUUUUCAACGAAGGAAGAAUCAAAGAGGAUUGAGCCAUCUUUGA